AGAACGCGGCAGUGGCCUUUUAUUGCUUUACUUAAUUGUUUAUAAAUUACAGUUAAAACUAUAUUUUACACUUGUCUUAAAAAAUAAUUAAUUUAAAGUAAUCAUUCGGAAUUAUCUUUCACUUUGGAAAGAAAAUAAUUGUGUCCUCGUAAAUCUUAUUUAGUAACGUUGCUUUGGAGACAGACUUAACCAAUUUGAAUAGUGAAAAUUAUAAGAUGUAAAAUGUAGUGGAAUAUACUGUAGUUAGCUACAUAUAUAUUAUAUUUGGAAUGUGUAGACUCAAGAGGUGGUUUCAUAUAUCUCUUAGUAAAUAAAUUUUACUACGAUGAACCGUGGUCCAAGCCACGAUAAAGCCGGACAUCUCACGGGGAGCAUUGGAAGCACAGCCCGAUCUAUAACCCCGAACCCUUUGAUGGUAGGACACAAUUUUCGAGUGGGGAAGAAAAUUGGCAGUGGAAACUUUGGAGAAUUAAGAUUGGUAUCCUUCCGCGAACAUAUGAGAGGGGUGGUAAGAAUUGAUGUGAACUGUGAAGAAGAAAAGAACAAGAACAUAAUGAUGGAGGUGUUGGUGUUGGAAUAUUGUGUCCUGCGCGAAAUUUACUUGUAAAUUCGGA